UGUCCUGGCGGGGCGCCCUUCCGGCUCACGCGGCGCGGCAGAGAACCCCGGGCGCGCGGUGCUGCAGCCUCCGGUGCCCCGCUCUCAGGGACCCGUCAUACCGCCGGGGCACCCGCACGCCUCUCGGCCCCGGACUUGCUCUGUGGGAGGCGCCGAGAGAGGCGCUGAGUCGAGUGCGACCCCCAAAGCAGCGUCCAGCGCGAAAGGUACUAAUUAGGAUGAAUGGGAUUUGGAGAAAUUCGGUUUCCUGUCUAAGGAUAAGAAAUGUGCCACACAGAUACCAAAGUGGUUAUCACCCAGCAGUCCCUCUGGGAUCAAGGAUUCUAACUGACCCAGCCAAAGUUUUUGAGCACAACAUGUGGGAUCAUAUGCAAUGGUCAAAAGAGGAAGAAGCAGCAGCCAGAAAAAAAGUAGAGGAAAACUCAGCUGAGCGAGUCCUUCUGGAAGAGCAAGUUAAGUAUGAGAAGGAAGCUAAUAAAUACUGGGACACAUUUUACAAGAUUCAUAAGAAUAAGUUUUUCAAGGACCGUAAUUGGCUGCUGAGGGAAUUUCCUGAAAUUCUUCCACUUGAUCGGAAAACUGAAGAGGAGGCAAAAGAAUUAUCAAGGGAUUAUGUAAAAACUAAUGCUACAAAUUGUUUCUCAAGAAAGCACUGUCCUAUUGUGCCUGAAGAAAAGAAUUAUUAUCAGAAAAGUUCUGGUUCAUCAGAUGGUCAAAGCAAAGCAGAAUCUGAUCUUGCCAACCUCCACUCUAAAGAGCACAGAAAAGGACCUCUGAAGGCGGACCUCUUUCCUGGUAGCAAAGCCACUUUCAGAAUCCUAGAGGUUGGCUGUGGUGCUGGAAAUAGUGUUUUUCCAAUUCUGAACACUUUGCAGAAUGCUCCAGAGUCCUUCCUUUAUUGUUGUGAUUUCGCCUCUGGAGCUGUGGAGCUAGUAAAGUCGCACCCAUCCUACAGAGCAGCCCAGUGCUGCGCCUUUGUUCACGAUGUGUGUGACGAUGGCCUGCCCUACCCGUUCCCGGAUGGGAUCCUGGAUGUCAUCCUCCUUGUCUUUGUGCUCUCUUCCAUUCAUCCUGACAGGAUGCAAGGUGUUGUAAACCGAUUGUCCAAGUUACUGAAACCUGGGGGGAUGCUGUUAUUUCGGGACUAUGGAAGAUAUGAUAAGACUCAGCUUCGUUUCAAAAGGGGGCACUGUUUAUCUGAAAAUUUUUAUGUUCGAGGAGAUGGUACCCGGGCAUAUUUCUUUACAAAAGGGGAAGUCCACAGUAUGUUCUGCAAGGCUGGGUUAGACGAGAAGCAAAAUCUGAUUGAUCGCCGCUUACAAGUUAAUAGGAAAAAACAAGUGAAAAUGCACCGAGUAUGGGUUCAAGGCAAAUUCCAGAAACCAUUACACUUGACUCAAAAAAGCUCCACAUCAGCAUUUGCACUCCUUUCGCAUAGCUGAACUCUGUACCACGUUGAGGUGCAAACCAGAGGACCACACUAUUCAAAGAUUUAUAUAAAUUUUAUAUUUAUGAAAAGACAGAAGAAGAGAAUGUAUAUAUUCUGCUGUUUAUUGUGGGCGAGCUCUUUGGUGUAUUGUAAGCACGUGUAAGUGGUUUGGAAGAGUGCACCAUAGCCUGUGUUUUCAAAACUUAAUAUGAGCAAGCUUGUUUGAAUUUGUAAGCAUGCAAUUUAAUUACUGUCAUAAGUCAUGUUUCUAGGAAACCAUGGCCUUUCAUUUUUCAGAAGAGGAGAAAAUCACCUACGCUACUUAUAUAUUAGUCAAACACAGUUCAACUCCCUCCUGUGUUAUCUGGUAGCAGACAGGCAGCUCACCUUGUUUCCAGGGAAAAAUCACAAGCCCAAGACAAAGGUGUGUUGUUUUUAUUGUUUUGUUGUCAGUUUUCCCAAAAACUUUUUUUUUUUUUUUAAAUUCAGAGACUAAUGUCUGAAAGAGAGUUUCAGUUUCUCUUUCCUUUUCUAAACUUGGGGAAUUAUGACCCAUGCUAAAAUUAUUUUCAGACUAUUAGGUGUUCAAGUCAUUUUAAGUUCUCCUUAAGACAACUAUUUAUAUCCAAGAAAAUUCUUAAAUUGUAGCAAUUAAAAAUUUAUUUACCACCGUGCCUCAAAAAGGAUAUAAGUCAGCUUGUGUACUGCACAUUAAUAGAAUAGAAUUUCUAAGAUUGGUCUUUCAUUUGUUACUAGGUACUUACAGAGUUUCUAAGAUUGUUUUUUUAUUAUUAUUAUUUGUUACUAAGUACUUACAUUGUGCUGAAUUAUCUGGAAUAAUACAAUAAAUAAGACCCAGCCCUGUUUUCA